AUGUCGAAAUUAACAGCCUGUAAUCUCACUGAUCAGUGCUGUGAAAUUGUGGCUUCAGCUCUACAAUCCCCAAACUCCCCCCUGAGAGAGCUGGACCUGAGUAACAAUGACCUGCAGGAUUCAGGAGUGAAGUUGCUCUGUAUGGGACUGAAGAGUCCAAACUGUCAACUCAACAUACUGAGAUUAUCUGGCUGUAUGGUGACAGAGGAAGGUUGUGCUGAUCUAACAUCAGCUCUGAGUUCAAACCCUUCACACCUGAGAGAGCUGGACCUGAGCUACAAUCACCCAGGAGAUUCAGGAGUGAAGCUGCUCUCUGAUACACUCAAACAUCUGGACAAACUCAAUGUGGAUCACGGAGGAGAGAUCAGGAUGUCAGCAGGACCACACAAAUACGCCGUUGAUCUCACACUGGAUCCAAACACAGCACACCCUCGUCUCGUUCUGUCUGAGGAGAACAGAAAGGUGACGUGUGUGUUUGAGAGACAGUCGUAUCCUGAUCAUCCAGACAGAUUUGAUUAUUGGGAACAGGUUCUGUGUAGAGAGAGUCUGACUGGACGCUGUUACUGGGAGGCUGAAUGGAGUGGAUCUGCUGAUAUAUCAGUGUCAUAUAAAGGAAUCGAGAGGAAAGGAAGAUUGAGUCGUGACUGUGUGUUUGGACGUUAUGAGAAGUCCUGGAGUCUGAUCUGCUCUGAUCACAGUCUCUCUGUCCGUCACAAUGAUAAGCACACUGCUGUUUCUGCUGAUCCAGGAUCCUGUAAGAGAGUAGGAGUGUUUGUGGACGAGUCGGCCGGCGCUCUGUCCUUCUACAGCGUCUCUGACACACACACACUCACACACUUACACACAUUCACACACACAUUCACUGAACCACUUUAUGCGGGAUUUAGACUUAAUAAUGUUAACUCUUCAGUGUCUCUGUGUCACAUUAAACACACACACACACACACACACACUGACUGACUCACACAUACACACACUUACACACACACACAACUAACU